AUGAAACAUGCUAGGAAAAGAUUCUGCCCUUGCAACGAUUGCUGUAGUAAUCAAAUUUACAUACGAAAAGAUAAUCUUAACAGAAUAAGUAACAUUGAAGAUGAAUUGAAACAUAAACAAGAAGAAUUAUUGUGUAUUGAUAAAGAGUUACAAAGGAAAAGGAAACAGUUAAACAAACUCGAGCUCAAAGAGAAAUCGAAUACAACUUCGAAACUUAAGCAAGCAGAAAGAAAAUUAUUUAUCGUAACAAAAGCUAUAGAAAAAUGCAAAAAGUAUGAAAAAUCCAAAAAGUUACAAAAUGGGGCACCCGCUAAUGUCGUUCAAAACUUUUUUGAUAAAUUCAUAAAAACUGAUAAAGAUUUAAAAAACAUAGCAAAAGUGAAUAAGUACGAUUUAUUAGCGAAUAUGCGAAGAAUUUUGUUUCAACCUGCGCAAGUAAAUACAGUUUCCCCUUGUGGGCAAUCUAGAUUCUCCAGUCCCUCUAAGUCUGAAAGAAAAUGGAACGCCUCUGCCCGAGAUUGUUAUCUAAUGUCUCUACAAAGAACGCCUCAAUUAUGGAUUUAUCACCGCUGGCCCCAAUUUUAUCCUCAAUAUUUGAGCGCUAGAGCACAGUGGAGGAAUUUACGGGUUUUUUUUAUGUUCUUGCUUGGAAUAUUGUUUUGGGUACCAGCAUUCCUUUGCUUGGAAAUAUGUAAGUGCUGUUUUUGUUCAUGUUGUUGUGACAGAUAA